AUGCAGCAAAAGGAGAAAGAGCAGGACUGUGACACCGCCGCUGCUGCUGCUGCGGCGUCCGCGUCCAGCAGCGGCGAGGCGUCCGCGUCGUCCUCCACCUCAACGUCUGCCUCAACCCCAAGCUCAUCCUCAUCCUCAUCAUCGACCUCCUCUCCCUCGGACACGGAGAACCCUCCCUCUCUGCCCCGCAUUCCCUUUCUCCAGCUCUCCAUCGAGCCCACCCGCAUCACCCCUCGCAGCUGCCUCCGCGUCCGCACCCUCCGCAAAACCCCUCCCCCUCCCCCGCGCUCCUCCCCACGCGUGACCAAGCACGCCCACUUCCCCAGCGACGAGUCCACCGGCAUCUGCCUCCAAACCGGCGCCCGCCUGCCCUUCCGCCCACGCACCGACGCCCUCCAGGACGCCUUCGCCGACCGCAGCCGCGUCCUCCGCAUCAUCCGCCACGAGCGCCUCCAAGCGCGCGCCUCUUCCUCCUCCUCCUCCUCCUCCACCACCACCGACGAGGACGAUGACCAACCGUGGGGCCGCGCGCCCGACCGGGACCCCGAGGAGGAGGACCUCGACCCGCGCGUCCCCGCGGAGCUCGACCUGCUCGGCUGCUGCAAGCAGGCGGACGUCUACUGCCGUGUGCUCACCCGCCGGGCGAUCGCGGGGGGCGCGCUCGAUUUUGCGCUGUACGUGACGCGCGCGGCGGCGUCGCUGCGCGCGCUGGAGGAGACGGCGCGGGCGCACGCGGACUGUGCCAGGGUGGGCAGCUACGAGGGGGAGGAGCGCAGGCACGCGCACGCCGGGCCGCACGCGAAGACGACGCUGCCGGAGAGCAUGUACGCCGACUUUGCGGGCGCCAUGUCGGGGCAGAGGGCGCGCCCGGCGCCGGCGGUGGCGGCGCCGCGGCUGCCGGCGGUGGUGGUCACGUCGGCGGAGGGCGAGGUCCGGGAGGUGUCUGCUGGUUCUUCCCCCAAGUCUGAGUGA